AUGGCUGAAGAUUUUGAUGUAGAGGCUAUGCUUGAAGCCCCAUAUAAUAAAUCGGAUAACACUUCCUCAUCAAAGCAUCGAUCGGACAAGCACUCUGAUAAGCACAGAGAAAGAGAAAAGGAUGGCAGCCGAAGACGCAGCAGGUCAAGAGACAGACGAAGAUCGCGCGAUAGGGAUUCACGCCGCUCAAGAGAAAGAGAUGACAAAAGGGAUAAAGAAAAGGAUCGCGAUCGCAGGGAUCGUGAUAAGGAAAGGAGCGAUCGAAGCCAUAAAGAUAAAGACCGUGAUAGGGAUAAGGAAAGGGAAAGAGAAAGAGAUAGAGAAAAGAGACGAAGUGGGGAUAAGGAACGUAGCAAAGAAAGAGAACGGAGUCGUGAUAGGCAUCAUAGGCGCGAAAAAAGUCGCGAGAAAGAACAUAGUAAAGACUACCGCUCAAAGUCAAGGGGUAUUGAACCUAAAAUAGAAGAUUUACCGCCAGAGGAGAGAGAUUUGCGGACCGUAUUUUGUAUGCAAUUAUCUCAGCGUAUAAGAGCUAAAGAUCUAGAAGAAUUCUUUUCUUCUGUUGGUAAAGUUCGAGAUGUAAGACUUAUUACAUGUAACAAAACUAGAAGGUUUAAAGGUAUAGCAUAUAUAGAAUUUAAAGAUGCUGAGUCUGUACCAUUGGCUUUAGGUUUAACUGGGCAAAAAUUACUUGGUGUUCCUAUUAUUGUUCAACAUACACAAGCUGAGAAAAAUAGAGUAGGCAAUACAUUGCCUAAUUUAGCUCCAAAGACCAGCAAUGGACCAACAAGGUUGUAUGUUGGUUCAUUACACUUUAAUAUAACUGAAGAUAUGUUACGUGGUAUCUUUGAACCAUUUGGAAAGAUUGAUCACAUACAGCUUAUGACAGAUCCUGAGACAGGCAAAAGUAAAGGUUAUGGCUUUCUCACGUUUCAUCAUGCGGCAGAUGCUAAAAAAGCUAUGGAGCAAUUAAAUGGAUUUGAAUUAGCUGGAAGACCAAUGAAAGUAGGAAAUGUAACUGAAAGAACAGAUGGUGGAUCUAGUACUCGUUUUGAUGCAGAUGAACUAGACAGAGCUGGUGUUGAUCUUGGCGCAACUGGCCGACUUCAACUAAUGUUCAAACUUGCAGAAGGCACAGGAUUACAAAUUCCACCUGCUGCAGCAUCAGUUCUAAUGGGUACAGGAUCAAGUCUGGUAGCGCCACAACCACAAGUUGCUCCCCCUAUUGCAACACAAUGUUUUAUGCUUAACAACAUGUUUGAUCCUGCUACAGAAACAAAUCCUAACUGGGAUAUUGAAAUCAGAGAUGAUGUGAUUAGUGAAUGCAACAAACAUGGUGGAGUGCUACAUGUGUAUGUAGACAAAGCAUCACCUCAAGGGAAUGUAUACUGCAAAUGUCCCACGAUAGCAACAGCUGUUGCAUCUGUUAAUUCACUACAUGGCCGUUGGUUUGCUGGUAGAGUUAUCACAGCAGCAUAUGUGCCUCUUGUGAACUACCAUUCCUUAUUCCCUGAUGCGAUGACUGCGCUGACGUUACUUUUACCAUCGCGACAACGAUAA